ACCAGACUCUGGUGUUGAAGGACUGACUGGAAGAGGACACACACGCACUGUGCGCGUACGUGUGUGUGAGUGUGCCUGUGUGCGCAUGAAAGAAAGGUCUGAGCGCAGUGUCGGUAUUAGGAAAAAAUAGUUUUUUUUUAAUUUCUGCAAAGUGCUUAGUUGCAUUUAAAAUGAUAAACACCGAGAGGACUGCGCUGUCAAGCGGCACUGUAGUGGCGGAGUUCGGCUAGUGUGUGCCCUGCACCUCGGCCGAAGCACGGGGGACAAGGUCGCACACAAGCCUCACUGGUUUUAUUUCAUGUCACACGGAGCUGGAUUCUCCCUCGCCGGUUGCGCGAGUAGCCUACCCUGAGCAAUAUCGGGAUUUUGCGGCCGAUCAAGCACACCAUUACUGCGAUAAUUUAAUGGACUUCAUAAGAGAACCUCACGGAAAUCAUUGGCGCGUGGCCGGAGAGUUUUUAAUCGGUGACUGACCUCACCAAAUUUAGCUCUGAAUUGUUUCUCUUCUCUGGACAAUGGCAACGUGAAAGUCUGCACCUUCGGCAUGGAUUUUUUAACGGACAUUUGAGAUCCCUUGUCCCGGGACAUUCUACCAAGGAGGUGGAUUUUUAAAUUGGGCGAAUACUAUCUCCAUUCUGUCACCGAUAGUACGCGAAAGACAUUUUCAACUUCUGUUAAGACGGAAUAUAUUGGAGUACGGUUGAAAGACACCACCAGUUUUGCGAAGUUUAUUUAAAAUUGGUAUUAAUGCAUUUGGCACCGAAGGAACUCGUGUGAGUUUUAAAAUCACCGAAAUAUUCUCUUUUGCAUAUGUGGACAAUUAAUUGACAUUUUCGCACCACCACAACUAAAACGGCGAGGAAAUUGUGUUAAUGUUGCACAGUAUCAACUUUUUGUGGUGAGUUACUAUCGCACAUUUAGACUAUGUGUCUUUAUUGUAUAUUUUUCGUUUAAAACAUAGAAAUGGAUUUUUGACAUCUUGACGUGCUGUUGCCCUCCUCUUUUCGUGCUUUUUGUGAGGCAAUAUAAUACUGGAUAAAACUCCGCUUGUCUUUUAGUAGUGGACGAAAAAAACGAACUGAAGGGGAGAGGGCAGAGUUCUGCCUCGAAGCCAGACAAGCUGGCUGUCAUGCAGGAUUGGUAGUGGACAAGUAUGUUUGGACUCGAACAGUUUGGUCCUCAAAUAAAUAACAGAAACGUCGGAGUGAAAAAUAAUUUGAAGCAGUCAAGAUCAAACAUGAGCGCCCAUUAUAAAAACCCCGGCUUUCACGCGGGCGCUCCGCCGCCCGGUGCGGUGGAACCGGGGAUUGGGCCGCUGAACGAGCCGCCGAUGCUCGGGAUGAACAUGAACAUAAACGGGGAGUAUACUGGCGGCGGGUUUCACCCCCGCGGCCAUUCGGAGAUGCACGCUGGCGGUCUUCAACAGCAACAGCAGCAGGCGCCCAUGCACGGGUUUUUCAACAACCAGCAACCUCAUAGUCACGGACACUCUCACGGCCACCAGACCCAUCCCCACCAACACCACCCGCAUUUUGCAGGCGGCUUCGGUGGCCCAGAGCAGGGGUCCUCCUGUUUACAUGGGGGUAGGAUGAUGGGUUACGGUGGUGGCAUGGGGCCCCAGCAGGGCUUUGCGGAGGGCUUCGACCCUCUCUCCGAGGGCCAAGCAGGGGAGGGGUUCCCUCAGCAGCAGCAGAGGCCCGGGUCCAUGCCUGACUUCCAGCACCACGGACCCAACAGUGGAAACCACCCCGUCCCUGCCCCCUGCCUGCCCCUGGACCAGUCACCCAACCGGGCCGCGUCUUUCCACGGCCUGCCUUCCUCCUCCUCCUCCUCCUCGGAGGGCCACGGCCUGGAGCCCAGGCGUUUGCCCCCGCAGGCCGGCGUGGAGGGCCUGGACUACAGCUACCCCAACGAGCCCCCUGCCGGCCACUUUGACGUGUCCGUCUUCUCCCCCUCGGACUCCGAGUCCCAGCUCCCCCACUUCGCCGCCGGCAGACAGGGGGCCAGUUUCCCCGGAAACCCGGCCCUGUCCAGGCCACCGGGGAUGCAGGCCCUCCCCAAGGGCCACCCCCAGGGCCCCCAGCAGCCGCAGCAGCCCCCCACCCAGCACGGAGGAGGGGGGGUGUUCUUCGAGCGCUUCGGCAACGGCAGGAAGAUGCCCGUGGGCAUGGAGCCUGGCGUGGGGGCCCGGCACCCCCUCCUCCAGCAGCAGCAGCAGCAGCAGGCAGCCGCCUUGCUGGGGCGCCAGGGCUCCCUCCCCCGGCCCCCCCAGCCCGAGCCGGGCGCCCCCAACCCGGGCAUGCAGGACGGCAGCGGCCUCAUGCCCGGCCCGCACAACCAGUUCGAGUACCCCAUCCACAGACUGGAGAACCGGGGCAUGCACCCCUACGGGGACCCCAUGUUCAUGCAGCAGCAGCAGCAACAGCAGCAGGUUCCCCCGCCCCCCCACGGCCAGCCGCCCAACCAGCGGCUGCAACACUUCGACUCGCCGUACCUGAACGUGGCCAAGCGGCCGCGCUUCGACUUCCCCGGCGGCGGCCACCACGGCACGGGCGGCGGCGGCGACGGCGGCUGCGGCUCCUGGGGCGCCGGGGGCGGAGGAGGAGGAGCCAGCGUGGGCGGCGGGGGCAUGCACAACCCUCCUGGCAUGGAGAACCACCUCUCGCCCUCGUCGUACCCGGGCCUCCCGGGGGAGUUCACGCCGCCGGUGAGCGACGGCUUUCCGGUGACGGGACCCCCCCUCCAGCACCACGAGCAGCAGCAGCAGACGCUACAGCAGCAGCAGCAGCAGCAACACCGGCAGAACGCCGCCAUGAUGAUCAAGCAGAUGGCAUCGCGCAGCCAGCGCAUGCGCCAGCCCAACCUGCAGCAGAUAGGUCACCACGGCGACGUGGUGCCCCCGGGCGCCAUGGUGCACGGCGGCGGCGGCGGCGGCGGCAUGCCGCAGCCGGGCUUCGAGCGAGAGAACGGCGGCGGGCGCAUGGUCACUUUCGACGGGCAGAACCCGCACCUGGCGGCUCAGGAGAGCGCCUGGUUCGCCGGACCGCACCCGGCCCCGGGCGAGAUGAUGGCCCGGCGGAUGGGCGGCCCGGGCGGCGAGGCCGGCGGGCACGAGAUGCAGCCCAACGGCGCGGGCAUGAUGUUCCGGACGGGCGUCAACGGCAUGGGCCUGCCCGACGCCAUGCGGAUGCCCGGCGACGGCGGCCACGUCCAGGGACCCCUGCACUCGCCCAGCCUGCACCCGCAGUUCGCCGGCAACAUGGGCGCCCUGGCGCAGAUGCAGUCGCCCGGCGGCGGCCUCUCCAACGCGCCCGCCGACCAGCGCCGCCCGGCCGACUUCUCCGGCCCGCCCAUGGGCGGCCAGUCCGCGUUCCCUUACGGCGGGCCGGGCGGUCGGGGCGCGCCUCCGCACGGCAACCCCCAAGGGGUCAGCACCUCCCCGGGGAGCUACGCCUCGCCGCCGGACUUCCCGCCGGGCCAGCGCUCGUCGGUCAGCAAGCUGGGCGCCCUGUCGCUGGGCAGCUUCAGCAAGUCCAGCGGCAAGGACAGCGUCUUCGGCCAGAGCUGCCUGGCCGCGCUGUCCACCGCCUGCCAGAACAUGAUCGCCAGCCUGGGCGCGCCCAACCUCAACGUGACCUUCAACAAGAAGAACCAGGGCGAGGGCAAGCGCAAGCUCAGCCAGACGGAGCAGGACGCCAACAACGGGCCCGGCAACAACGCGGCCAACGGGAGCACUGGUCAGGAGUAUUUCCCCGCCGGCGGAGGCGGAGGAGGUGUCGGCGGUUCCUCGCAGAACAGUCAGAUGCCCGGCGCCGGGCCUGGAGCGGGCGGCAAGCCCGCCGGUCAACACCAGACGCCGGUGCAGGGGGAAGCCAGUGCCCUCUCCCCAAACUACAACAUGGACGCUACCCCAUGCAGUGAUGGGAAGGCAGCAACAGGGAGUGGGAGAGGGAGAGGGAGGAGGAAAAGGGACAGUGGCCACGUCAGCCCUGGCAUGUUUUUCCCCUCUGACCACGGCAACCCUGUUGUGAGUCCCGGUCAGUCGGCGCCCCCUGCGGCUGGCCUUGGGGAGAGGGGUGGGGGGACACCUCACGAGAAGCCCCUGACCUCGCCCUCCUGGGGCGGGGCGGUGGCGGGCAACAAGGGCGGCGAACUGACCCUGGGGGAGCAGGCCGACCUCAUGUCGUCGCUGGACAGCGGCAUCCAGAGCGUCUCCAAGUCGGACGGCUGCUCGCCGCACGUGGACUUCGCCGACGAGGUGGCGGGCGUCGGCCUGCACUACGGCAACGAGGACGAGGUGUCGUCCAGCUCGGACGCCACCGGAGUCGGAGUCGGAGUCGGAGUCGGAGUCGGAGUCGUCGGCGGCGCCAAGGCCAGCCGGAGCCCCAUGGUGGGGGGGUCCCCGAAGAUGGCGCGAGGAGGGGGCGACGUGGCACUGAUGUGCGGACAGAAGGGACAGAGCCUGGGCAUGGCUAACCAUACUACCUCGACAUCUGACGGAUACGGACUUGGCGCCGCCAACAACAUCAACAACGCCGCCGCCGUCGCCAACGGGGGCAGCAGCAACGGCGCGGGGCCGGGAGGAGGAGGAGGAGGAGGCUGCGGCGGCGGUGGUGGUGGUGGGGGUCACCCCGGAACGCCGGGCAUGGAGCAGGUACGGACGCCCUCCAGCACUUCCGGCCAGGACGAGAUCCACCCCCUGGAGAUCCUGCAGGCCCAGAUCCAGCUGCAGCGCCAGCAGUUCAGCAUCUCCGAGGACCAGCCCCUGGCCAUGAAGAACGCCGGCAAGAAGGGGGGGGCCGUGGCCGCCGCCGUGGCCCCCGACUGCAGCGGGCAGAACGGCGACGUGGAUCUGGCGGGCUGCAGCCCAGACGCCGGGAAAGGCGGCAUGGGCACUAUUGACCUGGACACGCUCAUGGCCGAGCAGCACGCCACCUGGUAUGUGCCCGACGACAAGGCCCUCAUGGAGGGCACGGAGGAGGGCAAGGGCAUGACUCCGUGGGAAAAGACAAAAGGCCAGAGCAACAUGAAAGAAGAUGGGGACGUGUCCCAGAGUAAGUCGGCGGGCGGCGGCGGUGGCGGCGGUGGCGUGGGGGCCCAGGGCCCCGGCGGGGCGGGCGGCGGUGGCCACCUGCAGUGCCUGUCGGUCCACUGCACGGACGAGCUGGGCGAGGCCAAGGGCCGCAACGGGCCGCCCGUCUCCUCCUGGCGCUCGCUCCACUCCGACAUCUCCAACCGCUUCGGGACCUUCGUGGCGGCGCUCACCUGAGGGACUGGCCGCCGCCGCCCCCUUCGGCCAGCGCGCUCCGUCCCUCUCCUACUGCUGACCACACGGAGAGCGGAGAGAGAGAGAGAGGGGGAGAGAAGGAAGAAAGGGGGGGUGGAGGGAUGGAGAGGACGGAGAGAGAGAGGAGGAAGACAGCAGUGAUUGGAGGAGGAGGAGGAGGAUGGAGGAUAUGGAUGAAGAGGAGGAAGAUGAUCACAAAGCUGGUUGUUGCUGUUGAUGUUGUUGUCGUCGUCUCUCUCUCUCUCGUCACCCAUUCCCCAGGCAUGGGAACGCUCUAACACGGACUCACACACACAUUCACGAGCAUACACACAUCAACACACUGAAGACAUGCACACACACACACACACACACCAUACACACACAUACACACACCAUACACACACAUACACACGUUAACACACGCACACACACACACACACACACGCAGGCACGCACACACUCACACACACACAUUCACACCACUGGUGGACUGGACUUUAUGGCAGGGUGCCAAACAGAUGCGUCCACCGUAGGAGAACCUCAAACGUUUUUUUUUUGUGUUUUUUGUUUUCUUUUUUUUGUUUUGUUUUUUCUUUUCUUUUUUGUUUUCAUUUUUGUAGAAAAUGAACAGACAUGAAUGAGGC